AUGAUUAAUAUACAAUAAUUUAAAAUUAAUAAUAAUUUUAAUAUCAACCAUAGCAAUAAAAAUUAGUUAAUAAGAACGGUUCACUUAAUUCACAAUUAUUUAAAAAUUAAUAAACAGAUGAAAAUAAUAUUUAAUAAGCUAACUAUCCAAAAUUUCCUUUGUAAAAAAUAAAUAAUUUAAAUUAAAUAAAUACAUCUGAAACUUAUAAUGAAGAAAUACACACUAAAAAUUAAAAUUACUCAUCUAAAGCGAAUAGCUAAAGGAAUAACUUCAACACUCUUAAUGAAGUAAAUGAAAAAAAUCAUACCUAAUCUACAGAAUACACACAAACAAAGUUUAAUUUAAAUAAAUAUAGUAAUUAACCUUUAAAAACAGAGAAUCCAUAAAGUAGUAUUGUUGGACCUAAGAGAAGUUAAAAAAUGA